AUGAAUACUCAUCAACCAACAUCCUUCGACGAACAUAUCGACAAACCUUUCAUCGAUCCAAUUUCUCAGACGUUUCGACGUACAAUUCUUCUUUCAAUACUUACUUUACUAUUAACGAUCAUUGUUCUUUGGUGGAUUAGACGUCGUCAACAGCGCUUCGCACAUCAUGGCAAAUGUCUUCUUCUGUGUGGAAUUGCCAAAUCCGGAAAGACGCUACUCUUCAACCGUCUGACAUCGAAUUUAGAAAAACGACCGUUUUACGCCAUGUCCGUUAAUCAUGGUACAAUGAAACUCGAUUAUCUUUCGUCAGAUCGUCCUAUUGAAAAAGUGCAUGUUAUUGAAAUUCCAAGUAACACUCGACAUUAUCAAUACGACUUUCUUGUUUAUAAAACAUCUGCAAAAGCUAUUAUAUUUGUUAUCGAUAGUACCACUAUUGAAAAAGAUCUUAAAUAUGUCUCCGAUUAUCUUUAUCAUAUUAUUCGUGAAAGAUAUUUUCGAGAUCAGCAUUUGCCAUUGCUAAUCUUUUGUAACAAACAAGAUAUUAACAAGACUGAUCAUAGUAUACAAAGAAUCCGGUAUUUACUCGAACGAGAAUUAACUUCGAAACAGCAAAUACAGGAAGAUAUUGGUCAACUAGGCAAAGAGACAUUUGAAUUCAGUGAUGUGAAAGAUAUUCGAAUUGAAUUUGCCGAAGGCUCGACGAUAGAUACGAAGAAAGAUGGAGAAGGAUCACAUCUACUUAAAGUUCAUCAAUGGAUAGCUCGAAUCUGGUUUAAAUAA